GUAUGCAGCUAGUUGGUAAUCUCGCCUCAGUAGUUGCGAUUUGGUUGCAUUGAGUGGCAGCACACACGGACUAGAGCUUGAUCAUCCGACUUGAAUUCACUGGUUUCAUGGACUGGAUCCACUGGAUCUCAUCCAUUGGGGUGCUUGGCCAAAUUGAUCACAUCAAGUGCACAAGUGCAGUGACAUCGAAAUCCGUCCACCUUCCUGGACAUCCCAUCAUCGUUAUAACAUAACCAUAACAAUACAUACACACAGCCAUCACAUCAAUGACAAGUGUUUGAGAUGUCCAAAUUGAGGCGAAAACCGUCAUCGUCUUGAUGAGUGGCUGUCAUCCUCACCAUCAUGUUCAGUAAGAAGCAGAAUCUCUCCAAGAAAUCCGAGGAUGUGAAGAAAUCCGCGGGCAAGGUGGUGGAUCCCAAGCGGGACACGCCCACCCGAGCCAAGCAUUUGCGAAUCUUCCUGGACAAUGCCGAGAUCUACGAGAUCAUUCCGUUCUUCGAGGCCUAUUAUUCACAUAUAUUCUACAUAGUUUACGAUGCGUUCAUUACCGCCGAGAUCAACCUACGUCAGAAGGGCGCUCAUAAAACCCAACGUGAAGAACUCGAAACCGUUCUCUACCUCUUUGAAAAGAUCCUAAUCUACCUGCCGGAGCAUUUGGGCCGAAAAUGGCAGUACCACUCGGUGGGACGACUCAUGUCGAAGUUGCUCCAUCCUGGGAAUUCGUGGAAAUUGCUGAAACGCGAGGCCAUGCGACUUUUCAUCCUAUGGUAUCAAGUGGUAGGCGAGGUGGCGGGCGAAUCUCUGCACGCCAUGUUUGCCACCCUUGUCCCAGGAUUUCCGUCACCUUAUCAGGGAUUGGGCCUCACUGCUUUGGCGGCCAUGACUCCGGAUACUCAGGAUGGACCAAUCAACCCGGCCGAGAUUUGCCCGCUGAUACCCCCUCAAAGCGGCGAACGAUUACGGGCAUCGCCGGAUACAGAUCUGACGCGAAUAUUUCUGGAUGUCUUGAUGGAGCUGAUAGUAUCGCAAGUUCCACUUAUUGAAUGGAAGGAGGGGAAGGCCGACCGCCAGAAACGAUGUCUCGAGUUCCUCUUUGACAAGUUCAAGGCCUACUACAUGCCCAAAAUCUUCCCCGAAUUCAAUUGGACCAUGUCCCUGUACGAUCCCUCGUUGAAGUUGCCGGAAGUGCGUAAAUUCCGUCCCGCCUUUAUCGACACCGGCGACGGGAACAAGAAAAUCGACCCGAUGCUCUCUUGUCGCGUGGUGGUCAUCAAAUGGGUGGCUCAAUACACUCACCUGACUCGAAGUGGAGCCCAUGGUAGCUCGGGCACCUUGGCGGCCUCCAACUUGGGCUUGAAUGGCACCAUGGACGUCUCCUCGCCCGUUCAAGCCUUGAAUCUAAGCGGUCACGAAAAAGAUUUCCCCUCCGCUCACCAGCCCAUCCAUCCUAUCAACGCCUUUGAUGAUCCCGUCCGUAGUGCCCAGGAAGGCGCCAUGGUGCGAGAAGUGCUUUAUUCGAGUCGAGAGAAUGUGGAUUUCGUGCACGAAGUGUACCGCCAAGCCUUUCUUCUCAGCUUCAGCCAUUCCCCCGCCAUCAAGAAAGUGAUCACCGUGUACAAGGAUUGGAUCCAGAUGAACGUCGUGGAACUGCCUCCGUUCCUUUUGGAGCCCCUCCAUGUUGACAAGGAGCGAGAUGAGCUGGACUACGCGAUGAGUGGACGAUUGUCAGCCGAUUCCUCGUCCGGAUACCGAUUGAGGAAUGACUCCUAUCUGGGAGCCAUUCAUAAAGAACAUUUAGCCGUCCGAGCCGGACUGCAAAAUGUUCUUCAAAUCUUCAUCACGAACGCAGCCAAUGUGUUUCUACUGGAAAUCUCCCCCGAGUACCCAAUCCUGUUGGAGGAACAAGUUGAGAUGUGCAAGCGUGUUCUCAACAUCUAUCGCUACAUGGUGAUGAACGUCAAGAUGGAUGCCCGAACUUGGGAACAGCUCUUGUUCAUCCUGCUUCAGAUCACUCAGCUCACCAUGCCGGAAUCGCCUCCCCGCCGUCGGGAGGACACGCUCGGGGGUCGAUUAGCCCAAGCCAUCUUCCAGACUCUCAUCGUCACGUGGAUCAAAGCCAAUCUGUACGUGGUCGUGUCACCGGAGCUUUGGGAUCAAUUCCUGGAAGUACUCUCCUCUCUGACCCUAUGGGAGGAGCUCAUCCGAGAAUGGGCCAAGACCAUGGAGACCUUGACCCGAGUCCUGGCCAGGCAAGUGUACCAUUUGGACCUGAACGACCUGCCUUUGGAUCGAUUGAGUGAGCGAGCUGCCAAGAAGCGACGUGGGCAACGAGCCCCUCAAGACAUGAAAUUCUCACCCGCCGUUAAAUCCACCGCCAUGCCCGUGUCUGAAAGUCAUCAUCUGCCCGGACCCGACGACAGCUCCGGAGCGGGUAGUCUCGUUGGAGUGCCGGCCACUCCAUAUCGACGACAGGGCUCGCCUUAUCCUCGCCGGAAGCGUGUCUGCUCCGAGAAUGAGUACAAAUCGAGCUCCCACGAGCGGCGACGGCUACACGUGCGUAAACACCUGCCCGGACCUGUUCGCCGCACCAUGAGCGACGGGAACAUCAAACAGCCUUUUCUACCUUUCGAGAAUCGCCACCGCCUCCGCCGCCAUCGGUCAGCAGACUCGCUCUACAACUGCAGCCGUUCCGACUCUGAGGGAGUGGCCAGUCGGAGUUGCUCGCCCGCUCCCUCGAGUGGGCUCGAGUGCACGUCCAUGAAGGACUCGCCCAUGCAAUUGGACCACGACGCCAUGAGCGAAGGCGGCCUUUCUGAUCAGUUGUCCUCGCACGCCAUGCACUCUAGUAGCCAUUCGCACCACGAGUCCCCGCGGUCAGUGAUCGCCGGGGGCUCCGUCAAGGGAUGGUUGCCAGAUGUGGCCGUGGUGUUGUGGCGUCGCAUGCUCGGGGCUUUGGGGAAUAUCAACACCAUCGCGGACACGGUGAUCCACGCGCAAAUAUACAAGUACCUCAUCGAGCUCUACGAGAUCAUGGUACGAAUCCGGAGCAAUCAGGGUGUGUCCUUAGACAAUAAUGUCACUCCACCUUGCCCGGAAUUCGUGCCUCCGUUCACCAUCUUUGCCCCGUGGUGCUUCAGGGCCUUGGCCUUGCCCGAGGCUUAUCAAAGGGGCAAGUUGUACGCCUUGAAACUGCUCUGUCUCCUGACGUGCCGUCCCAACGACACGGAGUUAUCCCAGACCCAUUUGGUCCAGUUCUACAAAGUAUUACACCAAGGACUGACCGGUCCCAAACUGGAUGUGAUGAACACGCUGAUCAAGUUCACGGGACCGCGCUUCUUCUCGCUCAUGUUGCCUGGAUAUACGGCGUAUAUUUUGGAUUUCCUCUUUGCUGCCAACUGCAUCAUUUCCACGACUGAUCUGAAAGGCGUGCCUCGAACUGAAGCCACCUCCGUGGUGGGCGCCCUCUUGUCAUUUCCAUCAAUUCUUCCCGAGAUCCCGCUCUUGUUGCCCAAUGAUCACGAGUUGUCGUUGAUUUCCAGCGCCGAUGUCAAGGACCAAAUCAUCGGCGUACUCCUCAAGAGUGGCAAGAAGGAACCGGCGGGUUUGGCCCGAUGCAUUUCACUCUCGAGUUUGGGUAUCUUUGUCUACUCCGAGCUCAUUCACGGCUCCUUUCACCCCAAGAUCAAGGAGGCCAUUCAAGUGCUCUUAACGGCUUUGCGGUUCAACAACAAGGCUGUGGCUCAAAUUGCUUCCGACAUGCUCCUCCUCCUGGCCGAUCAUGUCAAGAACUUCCUGGACUUUUACCCCGAGGUGCCCAAAAAGAUUGUCGAAGUCUUGGCCCGCACUCUGAUCAGUUUGACCCCGCGAGGUGAGGCUGGCGUGAACGAGGAUGAAAAGCGGCUCCUGCUUAGUCUGCUUUUCUGUCUGGGCGAGUGGUGCAUGAGAAUCCCCAAUUUCAUCCUCACCCAACCGCAGGAGGACGGCAAGUCUCUCCUCUAUCACGUGUUUGGAGCCCUCCAACAAGCCUCAGACCCUGGUUUGUCCUCGCCCAGUCCAGUUGGUCCGGAUCACCAGGUCCGUCGAGAAGCGCGCCAAUUUGAAGGCUUUCCCAAUGCCACCCGUGAAGGCUACGUGAAUGCGGCCAAAGCCGUUCUAAGUCCCGCCGUCAUGGUUUCGGACUUUGAUCCCAACAUCCACGUGGACAACACCAAAGAAGGCUACCUGAGUGCCAACACCUCGCCGUUGAAGAGCUCUUCGAAAUCUCGAUCCGGAUCGCGGGAGAAUUUGUCAGAACCCAAUCAUCCCCGUCUCGCCGUGUCGUCUCCGGAUCACGAUAGCAAUAUCCCCGUGCGUCUGGCGGCCAAAACCAUCUUGUCCCACUUGGUGAACCACCUGUUCCAUUUCCCGAUGUCCAACGGUCCCUCGAACCUGUCCUCGUUGGUCUCGGAAUGUGACGAUAUCCCCAAUUUGCCUUCGGACGAACUGACCAUGGACGUGUUCAAGCAGCCAAAUAUCCAGUUGUUCGUCAUCAAUAACACAACCCUCCUGUCGUUGGUGGAACUACCUCAAAUGGAGGAAGUCCAAGGACUGCGAGAGAUCCAGUCGUCCAACUCUCAGGUUCGAAUCAUUUUGCGGGAUAUCUCGGGCAAAUUCUGUUGGGAUAGCUCGGCCUUGUACGGCCUGACCAAAUCGAAGAAUGGCCACAUCGAGUUCGACUACUCCAAGAUGACGGCCCCAAUGGAUUUGAAAUCCACCGGAGCCAAGAAUUACGGCGGAGGUCAUCGACAAGCCAUGCGACGCCGCAAUGAGACGGUGUUGCCGUCCAAUGAGAACACUGCCGACGACAUGGACAAUCUGGACGAUCUGCUCCAAUACAUCGGACACACCAGUCCGGAAUGCAAGGAAGAAAUGGGACGGCCUCUAAAUGCGGUCUCGGCCUCAAAGUUCUUGGACAACGAGAUCGAAAGCGACGUCAUCUCGGGGGUACUGAGCCAAAGAACCGUGGAACAAGAUCACCUCAAGCGGCUUGUUAGCGAUCUCGAGUUUGCGGGAGCCCAGGAAUCGCCACCUCCUGUUAGUUCAGAGGAAUGCUCUCCAUUAUUCCAACAGAGCCGACGGUUGUUUAAUCAUCUUGGCUUGUCCUCUUGGGAACAGAGGCCCAAUGUGCACCUGGUCAAGAAAAAUGAGCGUCUUUUGCGAGAAUUGAAAAACCUAGACGCCAAGCGGAAUCGGGAAGCUCACAAAAUCGCCGUGGUUUAUGUGGGAGAAGGUCAAGAGGACAAGCAAAGUAUCCUCUCCAAUGCCUGCGGUUCCCAGUCUUUUGAAGAGUUUGUGUCUGGCCUAGCUUGGGAAGUGGAACUCGAAUCCCACACAGGUUUCAUGGGUGGCCUUCAGAAAUCCAAGACCACGGGCGAAACUGCCCCCUAUUACGCCACCUCCUUUGUGGAGGUGAUGUUUCAUGUGGCGACGCGAAUGCCCUCCAAUUCUGAGGAGUGUAUGCUCCAAAAGACCCGACACAUCGGCAACGACGAGAUUCACAUUGUUUGGUCGGAGCAUUGGCGAGAUUACCGAAGAGGAAUCCUCCCCACCGAGUUCUGUGACGUGCUCAUCGUGAUCUAUCCUCUCAAGAACCGGCUGUUCCGGAUUCAGGUGUCGCGCAAGCCCGAAGUGCCCUAUUUCGGACCCCUGUUCAACGAGAUGAUUGUAGGUCAGCGGGUUCUUCCCGGUCUGAUCCGUGCCACGGCCAUCAACGCGUCUCGAGCCAAGCGAUCCAUGCUCACGUACUAUCAGACCCAUUACGAAGAGAGGUCCAAAUCAUUGGAGAGCAUCAUCGCCAACCACAAGAACCAGUCAACCUUUGAGGAGUUCAUCACACAGGUGUACAGUCCGGCUCCUUUGAUGAAUCUGUUCCAGUAUUCGGCCUCCUCGUCCCGACCCAUGUCCCUGAUCGGGUCAUCCUCACUGGGCUCACAACAUCUACCCCAUGUGCUCUUGGAUACGAACCAUCAGACCAGUCCUCAAAAUGCCCACCAUAGUCAUCAUUUCUCCAAUGGUCAUUCCGAUUUCCGCCCGAGAACCAAAACCGAGAGUGGAGCUCAGCCACCUUCUCCCGGUUCUCAUAGUCCGCAUUUGCUGCCUCUGAACAAUAACUACGAGGAGGAGACAUCCCCGAAGCAAACAAUCAAACAGAAGCUCACUUUUAAGACCUCAUUACCCGGAACGUCAUCCAAACGACCUCUGGCCAUCAAAGAAGAGCAAAACAAUUUGGCUAGAGAGGCCAGUCCCCCGCAAUCAUCCAUACCCACUCGAAAGCGAUGA